AUGACCAAGGCUCCCGCCAACGAGUUCACACCGAGGGACAACCCCGCUUUCAUCCUUCAUGGCAAGCUGAACACGAGCUACGAGACGAUCGGACCGGACGAGGUGCUGAUCGAGGUGAAGCACACUGGCAUCUGUGGUUCCGACGUCCACUUCUACAAUGCGGGCAAGAUCGGUCUUGUCUCAUGCUGCAGCGCCAUGUGCCUCGGGCACGAGAGUGCGGGCGAGGUGGUCAAGCUCGGCGAAAACCUGAGGAGGAAGGCGGAGAUGGCGGUCGCGCAGGGUGACGCGGCCGUGGGCCCGUCAGCGCUGCAGGUGGGCGACCGCGUCGCUCUCGAGCCCGGUACGACAUGCAGGAUGUGCGACGACUGCCGGACGGGCCAGUACCAGAUCUGCGAGCACAUGCAGUUCGCAGCCUACCCGCCCUUCCACGGCACGCUGCAGCGGUACUACAAGCUCGACCUCGUGUACAAGCUGCCGGACAGCAUUGAGACGAUCUACGGCGCCAUGAUGGAGCCGCUCUCCGUCGCCGUGCACAGUAUCGCCAACGUCGGGCAGUUGCGGACGGGACAAAAUGUGCUCGUCAUGGGUGCCGGCCCCGUGGGCCUCCUGGCCAUGGCGGUUGCCAAGGGUCUCGGCGCGAAGCGCGUCAUCGGCGUCGACAUCAACCUCGACCGUCUGUCCUUUGCGCGCUCGUACGCCGCGACGGACGUCUACGCCCCGCCGCCCAUGGAGGAGGGCGAGGCCAAGGCGGUAUACUCCCUGCGCGCGGCCAAGGCUCUGCUCUCCUCGCUCCGCAUCCCGGAGCGCGGGCAGGGCAGCAUCGACCUCGUCGUCGACGCCACGGGGGCUGAGACCUGUAUCCAGAUGGGCCUGAAUGCUGUCCGGCCGGGCGGCACGCACGUGCAGACGGGUUUCGGGCCGCCCGACGUCGCGAUCCCCAUGUUCCGCGUCAUCACGAACGAGAUCAAGAUCAAGGGAAGCUGGCGCUACGGAUCCGGAGACUACCCCCUCGCCAUUGACCUUGUGGACCGUGGGCUGGUCGACUUGAAGCCGUUGCUCACACACACAUUCCCGUUCGAGCAGGCGCUUGAGGCUUUCGAACUCACCCGCCUCGGAAAGGACAAGGACGGCAAUCCCGUCAUCAAGUGCGUCAUCCACGGCCCGCAGUAG